CACCUUGCAGCAAGCUGAGUGCCGAACAUAUAUGAUAGUGGAUGUUUACACGCUGAUACCCAUAUCGAUGUCUUCUGCAGACUUCGUCUAUCUCAACACUUCUUGACUUUUCCUAACUCCCACACCAAGAACAGAUCUAGGAAACCUCGCUACAUUUAGACUGUCUAUGCUGCGCGACUUGAUACUGAUCAAAGAGCAUCCGCUCUGCGUUUCGGCCGCAUUUCUUAUGUUCGUUUGCUUCCUCUCGUCAAUUCUCCUUCUGUAUAUCGGUCUUGUUGUCCUCUCCUUCCAGGCCCGAAAUACUGUUAACAAAUUAGCGAGCCUGCAACGUCAACGUCGACGCAUCCAGAAGGAAGUCGACCGAUGUUCAGCUCUUAUCGAGUUGUGUCGUUCAAGAAUCGAUGAGGUCUUUGACCAACUAGAUGAUGAUCCGCCUAUGAGGGGCGUACUUAUUAUCCGCCGAAGCCAAAUAAUCUAGAGGUGGAGGUCAUGACCUGGAAGAACAUCGUGAGGAGGCACUCUCGUACAGGAAACCAUCGGCUGGGACGGGAAAUGCUUAGGCCAGGUAUUGGAUACA